AUGGCCGACACAACGAAAGAUGCGAAACCCUCAGAGGUGAAUGUAGAGAGAUUUGAAUGUCUCUCGACUGACGAGGAGAGCAAAGAUGGACUUUACCAGAGCCAGACAAUGGGCACGGUAGCCAUCACUGAUGACAAGGACAUCUAUCUCAUACCUGCACCAAUCUCUAGUAUUGGCCUUUCGAUGGUAUCUGGGUUCGGUGGCCUGUUAGGAUUUUACAUCCCAGAUUACUCUAAGCAUGGUGCUGACUACGCUGAUAUUACUGCUCUCAUGACGUACCCAUCAAUGUUCAUGGGUGUCGGCUGUCUUACAUGCACGCCGCUGGCUUUGUCAGUCGGCAGACGGCCUGUCUAUCUCGCAUCACUGGUGGUGCUAAUAUUGGGCGCCCUGUUGGCGGCGCAAGCAACCAACUACAAUUUUCAUUUGGGUGCAAGAAUGGUUCUUGGUCUUGCUGCUGGUCAAAGCGAAGCUCUAGUACCCUUGAUGAUUCAGGAAAUCCAUUUUAUCCAUGAACGCAGUACUUUCCUCAUGUGGCAAUCCUCGAUACAAACUGUCCUCUCAGCUGGCCUUACUAUUGCCGCAUCACCUCUAGCUGGGGCAAUUGGUCCUGCAAACUGGUAUAGGUUAGGCGCGGGACUUGCAGGCGCGACUCUACUCUUUUCGAUUUUCCUUGUUCCAGAAAGCCGAUAUCCUCGGACCCUCCAAGCAUACGGCCAAUCCACUGGCGAGAACGACGACGAAGCAGGAGAGAUGACGACACGACCGAUGCGGCUGUCAGAAAAACCUGCUUUCGAUCUUACAAAGUAUCAGCCGCGAACGCUCAAAUCGGAUAUGCGUUUAUUUGUUGGGAAGUUUGACUGGGCUGAAGGCUAUUACAGCUUUGUUCACACCUUCCAAAUUCUCCUUUUCCCUAAUGUUUUAUGGGCGUUCUGCCUCAACGGAUUAACUAUUGGUAUAAACAUCGCCAUUGGUACAACUUACGGCAAGAUUGUUACCAGUGCUCCCUACAACUGGGGUGAUGAUGCAGCAUCAUAUGUAAAUGCUGGACAAGUUGUAGUCGCAUUUGUUACGCUUCCUCUUCUUGGUUAUGGGUCCGAUAAGAUUAUCAAAUGGCGAGCUGCGCGCAAUGGCGGUCUCCAUGAGCCUGAGAACCGUCUCCUCGCACUCUGGAUCCCAAUCAUGUUUGGCGUCCUCUCUGCUACACUCUACGGCCAAGCUGGCGAACAUCCAGAGAAAUACCACUGGUUCGUCAUCGUCUUCGCCAAUUCGGGAUACUACUUUUGCUUUCUUGGUGCCAACAUCGCUGCUAUCACAUACCUACUCGACUCCUAUCCUGCCCGGGCCGGGCCUGUUCUUGUCGUCAUCACAGCUUUCCGUGGGUUUGUUUCCUUUGGUACAAGCUAUGGUGUGGCCAAAUUUAUUGACACUGCUGGAUAUGACGGAUCUUUUGGCACAUAUGCUGGGUUAACGGCGCUCUUUGGGUGCCUAGGUAUUCCUAUCUUCAUAUUCGGAAAGCAGAUCAGGGCUUAUACGGGUCGAUGGGCAAAGACGAAACGGGCUGGAAUUCCUUCCAUGUCUCGUUGA